GGUGCAGCUGGAGCUGCAAGUGGGCGCCUUCCCGCGUCGCCCCAGCGCAGGGCGGGCCCCGCAUGCUUAUUCGGCCCGGGAGGAACGCCGGCGUCCAGCCCGCUACCGACCGCCGCUGCGGGAUGCUGCGCUCCACGUCCACGGUCACCCUGCUCUCGGGCGGCGCCGCCAGGACGCCCGGGGCGCCCAGCAGGAGGGCAAAUGUUUGUAGACUACGGCUGACCGUACCUCCUGAGAGUCCAGUUCCUGAGCAAAGUGAAAAGAAGAUUGAGAGAAAGGAGCAGCAUCUUGACCUGAGCAAUGGAGAACCUACCAGGAAACUUCCUCAGGGUGUUGUUUAUGGUGUGGUGCGAAGAUCAGAUCAAAAUCAGCAGAAAGAAAUGGUGGUGUAUGGGUGGUCCACGAGUCAACUGAAGGAAGAGAUGAACUACAUCAAAGAUGUGAGAGCCACUUUGGAAAAAGUGAGAAAGCGAAUGUAUGGAGACUAUGGUGAGAUGAGGCAGAAGAUUCGACAGCUCACCCAGGAACUUUCAGUUUCCCACGCCCAGCAGGAGUAUCUGGAGAAUCACAUCCAAACCCAGUCGUCUGCCCUGGAUAGUUUUAAUGCCAUGAACUCAGCCUUGGCGUCCGAUUCCAUUGGCCUGCAGAAAACCCUCGUGGAUGUGACUUUGGAAAACAGCAACAUUAAGGAUCAAAUCAGAAAUCUGCAGCAGACGUAUGAAGCAUCCAUGGAUAAGCUGAGGGAAAAGCAGAGGCAGUUGGAGGUAGCGCAAGUUGAAAACCAGCUGCUGAAAAUGAAGGUGGAGUAUAAAAGCCUAGAUUUAUUUUCUAUGAACCUUUCUCCUCUUUCCUUCUCCGAGAGUGUAUUUCUUUUGCAGGAAGAAACCAAUAGUUUUCUGAAAGCGAUUGAAGAAGCCAAUAAAAAGAUGCAAGCGGCAGAGAUCAGCUUAGAGGAGAAAGACCAGAGGAUCGGGGAGCUGGACAGGCUGAUUGAGCGCAUGGAAAAGGAACGUCAUCAACUGCAACUUCAACUCCUAGAACAUGAAACAGAAAUGUCUGGGGAGUUAACUGAUUCUGACAAGGAAAGGUAUCAGCAGUUGGAGGAGGCAUCAGCCAGCCUCCGUGAGCGGAUCAGACACCUAGAUGACAUGGUGCAUUGCCAGCAGAAGAAAGUCAAGCAGAUGGUUGAGGAGAUUGAAUCAUUAAAGAAAAAGUUGCAACAGAAACAGCUCUUAAUACUGCAGCUUUUAGAAAAGAUAUCUUUCUUAGAAGGAGAGAAUAACGAACUACAAAGCAGGUUGGACUAUUUACUAGAAACCCAGGCCAAGACCGAAGUGGAAACCAGAGAGAUUGGAGUGGGCUGUGAUCUUCUACCCAGUCAAACAGGCAGGACUCGUGAAAUCGUGAUGCCUUCUAGGAACUACACCCCAUACACAAGAGUCCUGGAGUUAACCAUGAAGAAAACUCUGACUUAGGCACUCAGAGGCACACACUUCUUAUAGGUGGACAAAGGCUCUGGAACCCUGUGGCUUGAAAUCCUUUGGGAAGGGUGACUCUUGUUUCCCCUAUACACAGUGUAAGCCGAAAUGGAAAUCGCUGAGGCUCUGAUCCAUUUCUAAGACAGGAAGGAAAGUGAAGGUGGAGUGGGCAGGUAAGAGAGGGAUAUACAAGGUCACGUUUCAGACACCCACCCGGCAUACCCUGCUGUACUGUGCCAUCAUUUGUUUUCUUUGUAGAUACUGAAAUCCUAUCAGGAGGAUUCCCUCACAAUGUAUUUUAUUUGCUAGACUUUGGUUGGGAGGGAAAAGGACAUUAAUUUGAAGUUUCAUGUUAUUCAUGCCAGGAUCGUUUGAUAGAGCAUGAAGGUCUUGAUUACCCAUAAAAGUAUUAGAGGCAGCGUUUCUCUGGUACAGAGAGGCCUGUCCACAAGGAGCAUGGGCACCCAGCCAAACUUGAACCUGGAAGGGAGGGUUCCCAGGCUGCAGGUGCUCUUUCCUCUUGGUCCCAAGCAUCUGUGCAGGGUCAUGGGAGCCACAGUUAGAGACUUGUGUGGGCCAGACGAGCUUCAUGCCGAUGUGCUAGUCCCUUGGUUUAAUUUGUGCCUUAUGCUUUCAUUGGACCAGCUGAAAUCACUGUAUUUAUUCAACUUGUGAUUUUUUUUUCUUUCUCACUUUAACUUAAAGAGAAUUUUAUAUGUCAUGGAAAUUUAAUCAUUAAGUGUUUUCAGUAUCAAUUGGUGUUUUUGUUAAACGAAUGAAUAAUCUGUUCAUGCAUGCUGUACUUUGAUAUUAUAACCUAUGUCACAUAUGUUUAAUAAAUACCAUAUAUUUUCUACUAA